AUGAAAAAGCGAAAACGGAAGUGCUGCAUUUGCCCGGAUGUUGGACUCGCUGUCGUCGUCAUCACUAAAACGAGAAAAAUGAUACAUCAACGAAAUGCUUGGUUAUUUUUACUACUUACCAAUGCUUACAGCUUGGAUGACGGGGGCUGGUUUACAGAACAAGAUGUGAUUCUUGUGGAACCAGGACCUUGCAACAUUGCCUUUAUAAAUGGAACUCUUACACAGGAGAAAUUCUUGAAUCACUUUGCUUCUAAAAGACCUUUUGCAAUUGAUCAAGCUACAGACAAUCUUGUAUUUCAGAAGGCAUGCUCAAAGGAAAAUUUGAUAAAAAAAUAUGGAAAAAAAGUGGUCCGACUUAGUACAGCCAAUACUUAUUCUUAUAAAAAAGUUGAUGUUCCGUUGCAAGAAUAUAUUGCACAUUAUAUGAAGCCUCAAAGAUUAAACACACCUGGUAAUGAAACACUUUAUUGGUUUGGUGACAAUGAUGCCAGCUGGAACACAUUCUUCAAUAUUUAUAAACCUCCUCCUUUUGAAUUACCUGGUAUGGUUGGAGCCUACAGUUUUGGUGCUGCAGCUGCUGGUACUGGCGUUCCAUUUCAUUUUCAUGGACCAGGAUUUGCUGAAAUGAUAUAUGGCCGUAAAAGAUGGUUCCUUUAUCCACCAGAAAUAAUUCCUGAUUUCCAUCCCAACCAAACAACUCUGCAGUGGUUUUUUAAUGAAUACCCCAAACUCCAAGCAGAAAACAAACCAUUUGAAUGCACCAUUAGUCCUGGACAGGCAAUUUAUUUUCCUGACCGAUGGUGGCAUGCCACAUUGAAUAUUGACAAUGGUGUCUUCAUCUCUACAUUCCUUGGUCCAAAAUAA